CUUUCGAUCCCCUGUCCAUCUCUUGUUUCUGCCACCCUUUCAACCCUCCUGCGCGCUCUCACCUGACGCAAAACGCAGCCUUCUCUCCCGGAGUCCCCUCUCGUGUUGACUCUGUCUAGGACGCCAGCGUGCGGGAGAGGCUUGGGCGGCGCCUCGUGGGGGUUUUUGCCUGUCUGUCCGCGAGCGGGCACCAGAGUCUCGGGGGGUCACGCCAAUGUACACGUCCCUACUUCCCGUUAUCUCGGUCGCCAAACUCGAUCUGCACUCGGUCUAAACCUCUCAGGUUUCGGUCCCAGGCAUGGCGUAGAAAUGGACCCCCAGUCUCCUGCGAAUCCGCAGCCGCGGCCGCUACCGCUGCAGCUGCUCCAGCGGCACAGAGACUUGCUCGCGCAGCAGCUCCAGGGGAAGCAGGCGUCUCCAGGGGUGGAGUCUCCCGUCGAGGAGAAAGAGAAGCCAACGUUGCCAGUCGUCCCCCCGCUUCCGCGCCUUGCACUCCUCCCGCGGCCGCUCCGGCCGCUGACGCCCGAGCAGCAGCUGCAGCGCCAGCAACUGCUCCAGCAGCAUCUGCGCCAGCGGCAGCUGCAACACCUUCAGCUGCUUCAGCAAGUCGGCCUGAGAGACCCCUCUGCUGGGUCAGACCCCGCGGCGCAGCAGAGAGCCCUCGACCUCCUUGAGAAGGAGCUGGAGCGGCAGAGGCAGCAGGGCGUCCAGUCGCUCCAGGUCCCGGCGCGGCUGCUCCAGCUGCAGAUCCAGCAGCGACUCCUGCUCCAGGUAGCGGCGCAGAGACAGCAAGCCGCUGGCGGGGAAAAAGCACCGCUGCGGCCUCCACCGGCCGCCGUCGCUGCGGCGGCUGCGGCUGCGGCGGCCGCGGUGCGAAGGAGCGCGCUGCAGCUGCUGCUGAUGCCGCGACCGGCCGGCCUGGCUAGCCAGAACUGUGCGGCGGCGGCGGGUGCAGCGGCAACCGACAACGCGAAGGCGGAGGCAGCGGAGGCCGUGGGAGCGGCCUCUGAAAAGUCUGGAGCGGCGGCCACUGAGAUGCGAGGGGGCUCUGUGGAUCGGCUGCCCAUGGCAGCGCCAGGAUUUCCAGGCAUUGCUUCUCCUGUCGUCGCGCCGCUGCUGGCCGCGAGUCCACUCUGGGCAGUGCGCCCUCCUUCGAUUCAGCCGCCCCCUUCCCCGCAUGCAGUUCCUCCGCCUCCACCAAGCAGCGUGGUGGCCAGCGGGACGAGCAGCGACGGCUCGAAUGCUUCCCAGGACCUAACGAAACCUGCCGGGCGUCCCAGCAGCGGAGAGCCGGUAACCGCCGCCUCGGGAAGCUCGAGCGGCGCCGGCACUCUACUGAGAGAGCCGUCAACCAACAGUAAAGCGACGGGAGGGGGAAAGGUAAAGAGGGAGCAGGCGCAAAGAAGCGAGGGCGUCGACGCAUGCGGUGAAACGUAUGUGGCCGACGGGGCUGGGCCGCUAGGCUCGUCGCCUGCCGCAUAUCCUGCCGGCAGAGACGGCGGGAACGAGGAGAACAGUCAGGCCGGUUCUGAUACGGCGAGGAAGAAGGAAACUGGCGAGACUGUUCAGGAGGCCAUGUCUGAGUCACCCGCGACAAAAGGGGAGGGAAAGAAAGAGAAAGAUGAAGCCGAGUCAUCAGAGAGCGAGGAAGAUAUGUACCGAUACCACGAAGAGGAGAAUGCCUCCGACGCCGUGAAGCGAAGGCACACGCUGGAGAUGCCCAUCGGAUGGGGAGUGCGGAAACCUGUCGCAGAGGCGACAGGCAGUGGCGCGUUCAAGAAAUCCGUCUGGGUCAACGAGACUGUCGGUGGCAUCCGUCGACAGGUUUACCAUCUGGAAAAGACGAAGGAGUGGUGUGUCCAGUUCUUCCGGUCUUCGGGAUCGGAUACACGAACCGUGACGAAAAAGUUUCCGGAAGAUGGCACGAAUAGGUUCCGAGCGAUUGCGGCUGCCUACAAUCUCAUGCCGUGGGAUUGUACCGGCACAGAUUACCGGCGCCCUCAGGGGCGCCCGCUGAAACGUCGCGUCUUCACCGCAGCCGACUUUGAGGAGGGAACUGCGUGGUGUCACUAUCCGCCCUCGCUGUCUAGACACCCGUAUCCACCGACGGCUGCACCUGGCGGUGCGGCUGCGCCAGGGCGGCCUCGUCGCCGGGCGGACGUGUCUCUAUUGCGGCCUCAAGACCUGGGAGAUACGCCGCAGAACUCCCCGUUCGGGUCCCCCUCGGACUGUUACAAAAUGCAGCGCACCCCUGACUUGCUGCCGCACUCCGAGUGGCCGGUGCGGGGCUGUCAGCGUCCCGGCGCAGCCAGGCUGGCAAGUGGAUCAAGUUUCAGAGGCAGCUCGAAGACAGCAGUCUUAGGCCGAGCGCCACACUCUCCGUGCACGGCGUCUCACCGGCGCCUCUCUGUGAACGGAGGAGCUCCUGCCUCGGCUGUAGCAACAGCUUCCCGGGCGUCGCCGCAGCUGUCACCGCGCGUGCUGGACGCUGCAGUGUCGGUUGCAGCGGCGGCCUUUCGGCUGCGAAAGCGGAGAAGAGACGAAAAAAGCCGUGACGCAGAUGAAGGAAAUGCCAGCUGGGAUCGAGCGGCGUCCGAAGAGGAGAACAAGCCAAGCGAACCGAGUGUGGGACAGGAUCCUGGAGUUGCCGGGCAGGCGCCGGCUAGCGGCCGAAGUCAAAAGAAAAGGCGAGAAGCACAAAAUCCGGAUGAAGGACUUUUCGGGUGGCUCUGCAGGCAGAGCGGAUCAGAUGUGGAAAAUGACGGCGAGACGACGCUGCUGCGGCAACUCAUUCUCGACCAGGUAGAAGAAGAGUCUUCCGAAUCUGUGGCCUCGUGGAGCAACGCGCUCUUACCCUGGCCGCUGACCUCAGCGUCACCUUGUUCAACUACUCUGGUCUCAUACGCAGACUCCUCGUCCCCUUCGUCUCCCUCUUCGGCUGCAGGAGAUUCGUCGUCGUUUUCGUCCCGCUACGAAGACAGAGAGAGGGAAAGUCUCCAUCGUGAGCUGGGCUCGGACGCGGAAGCAGGCCGGUCCUUCCACACGAGCGAUGCGGGCAGGAGCUCUACGAAGGAGCAUCCACUUUCAGAGGGAGACCCCUUAGCACGGAGCGAGGGGCACAUGGUGUUGCCGCCGGCGCCUUGUUCGUCGCUAAGUAGACUGUUCUGUCACUUCUGUUGCUCGGCCGAUCGACGAGAAGCUCUCGGAAGACGCGCCUUCGCGAAAGUUGUUGAGGUAGUCUUUCCUAGCGCAUUGGAAGCGAGCUUGCGAGACUGCACAGGAUCCGCUGUGCUCGCAGGCCACACCGCGAAGAGUACAGGGAGGGAGAUGCAGACAGACCUAUGCGACAAGCUCGCGAGGCGUGAACAAACUCUGGAAAAUUAUGUCCUCAUAAGUCGUUUUUUGAGGGCACUCGCGAAGAAGGAGAACGACGAGUUUUUCCGGCGUCUGCACACCAUGUUCCAGGCUCACGUCGCUGGCUGCACGAGCAGCCCGGCGCCCUCAGGGGUUCUGCAUGAAAGCCCGAGGCCGUCUGCAAGUGUUAUUCUUUCUGUGGAUUUACCUAAUGGCAGGUUACCUCUUAACGGUGAAAGUGCUGAACUCAGCGCCGACACGGCGCCCUCUUUCGAGGCUGAGGACCGGUCAGAGAUCCAGCAGAGAGGGACGGUAGAACGCGAGACAACGCAGACUAAGCAAAGCACAUCUGGCGCCGAUAGUGGAGUUGCGAAAGGGCUGGAGCCGACCCAAUACACUGCGGGAUCGGAUGCAACCGCGCCGGUGUCAGCACCUUGUUCGCCGAGGUGUCACUCUGCAUGUGGAGGGCUGCCGGAAAUGCGUAGAGGAAGCCCUAGAGGAAAUCAGAAUAUGGGUGAACGCUCGCAUGUGGAACCGAUGUUGUCAGGAAAACACGGUAAGCUCUCCGGAGCGCAGGUAGAUGUGGGAGAUGGAAAAACGAGGGCGAGGAACGACCCAUCUGGAGUGAGCGUGACGAAAAAUACGAGUGGCGGCUGUCAUAAGAAUGGAACCGGCAGCCAGUCACGACUCCGAGAGCCUACAGUGACGGAGGUACUCCGCGUCUUAGGCUGGAUUCUCGAUAUUGACGACGAACAAGAGGGCAUGCGGCCGAAACUCUAAACCCCGCCAACGCACUGAGUGCAUUAUUGUCUGUGUGUGUGAGGAGCUGGCGGGCGGCUUUGCGAACAUAUUCUACUCUUCUAUUGGGGCGAAUGACGCAUUUAGUUCGAGGGCGCUGUUUGUUUCGCUUACUGGACGUUGGUGACACAUCUAGUGUAACUGGACCCACGUCAGGGAUCUUUACCAGUCAGGUGUGUACGGCCACAAACAUCCACUGUGUGCAUGUCUAUGUAUUUCCAGAGGUGUGCACUGUCAGUCCAUGACGGGAAGGGGAGGGGAGGCGGAAAUUAUCAAGUGUGUUCCGAGUUUGUAACACCGACCCUUGCUUUCAAAGAGGAGCAUAUCGUGUG